AAUUCUGCUUCAUCUUCAUCACCAUACAUGUGUUCUUGAAUCGGAAGCUGUUACUCAGAACCCGAGAUCUUCAGCUUAUAUUGAAACCCUCUUCUGCUUCUUCCAAAUUCAUUGCUUCUUCGUCUCCCUUUAGAGAACUUGCUUGAUCUUCUUCCCUUUCUUUUUUCUCUCUCUUGCUGUAGGUGUAGAUGAUUUUUGUUAGCUCCAUUUUUUAUCCAGAGAAAUGUUGUCCACAUCGAAUUUGGUGCCAACGGCAGCUAUGGCUCAUCCAACAUUUCCAAAUCAUUGCUUUAUCAGGUAUGAUCAUCACCAUCGUAAUGGUCACAAGGACUUGAGGAGGUGGAGGAUUAGGACCGCUGCCGCUACUCCCUCUUCCGAUUCCGCUUACCCUCUUUUUUCCAAUCAGAUUCAGCUAACUAAAGACUCUUCUUCUUCCCGUCACAAAUUUUACCAGGAGGCUCUUAAGACUGCAAGGGACAAGUUCACUCGGGAAAUCUCCUUCCAGUCAAAGGAUAAAGACAUCUCUCUUGCUACGGCUUUAAUUUAUGUUGCAGCUGAAGACGAGGCAUUCAUGUCUUUUAACCGAGAGAAGGAUGCUAGCCCUCUCCUGAAUGAAAGGAGAAAUGUUUCUUCCUCAUUGGAGACUGAAGACUGGGAUUCGUUGGAGCGAAUGCCUUUGGGCGGAAAGACCAUACCUGAAUGGCUAAGUGAGUUGGAUGCAAUUGCUAAAGAAGUUGAAGCAGAGCUAGUUUCAAGGGACAUAGGCUGCCAUCUGGUUGAAGUUUUGGAGGCGGUCAAUGUGGUUCUUUUUGAACUGAGAGGCUUGACAAGAUUCCCUGUUCUUGUAGAUUCUAAGCAUUCUUACUUACACUCAGUACUUGACUCCGGAUGUGGCAGUGCAAUUUUGCUUAGCAUAAUUUACAUUGAAGUUUGUCGGCGACUUGGUCUAACCAUCGUGGGAUCUCGUGUUGGGGAAGAUUUUUUGAUAUGGCCCCAGAUAGGGUACCCCGAGGUACUUCAAUCUUGAAUUUUUCUUUUUGCA